CCCACCCUACCCACAUCACUGCCGGCAUCUCCCAACAUUUUCUUUAACCAAUUCCUACGUUUGUAAGUUUUGGGAUUGUCGAAAAGAAAAAGAUUUGGGAUUUGUCGAAAAACAAAAAGACACAUCACGGAAACGUCGGAUGUGGGUUCUGUCCUGGUAAUUUAAAUGGGGUUUCGUCGUCGGCGACGUUUGUAUUUUUCACCCAUUUCGCCGUUAGUUUUGCUUUGUGGAGCUGUGUUGAUUGUUCUGUGUUCUUCUAUUGUCAAUGGAAAUUCAAAUUCUAAUGCCACGCAGAUUGCUCUUACUCCUAUCAAUCACGAUCUUUAUCACACCAGGGGAGCUUUGUUGGACGAGAUUGAAGCAUUGGUCCAUAGACACCCGAGCAAGCUCUCUCUCGAAACAUUUUCUAGUCAAAACAAAGGGUAUCUUGCAGAGAUGACUGUAGUUACUUAUUGCCGGAACAGGAAAGACUGUGAUGACAAGUCAAAGCUUAGGAUCCUUCUUAGUUUUGGCCAGCAUGGGAGGGAGCUCAUAACUACGGAGCUCGCAUUGCGGAUUCUUUCCAUUUUAAGUGAAGAGGAAUUCUUAUCCAGUUCAUACCCGCUUAAUUUAAAUAACACGCUUGAUAGGCUUGUCAUAAAGGUUAUUCCAAUGGAGAAUGUGAAUGGGCGCAAACUUGUAGAAGCAGGGGAUCUCUGUGAAAGAAGAAACGGAAGAGGAGUUGAUCUUAAUCGGAACUGGAGUGUAGAUUGGGGCAAGAAAGAAAAGGAUUAUGAUCCAUAUGAAGAAAAUCCCGGGACUGCCCCUUUCAGUGAGCCUGAGACACAAAUUAUGCGGAAAUUGUGUGCAUCAUUUGAACCGCAUAUAUGGGUUAACGUGCAUUCUGGAAUGGAGGCUCUAUUUAUGCCAUAUGAUCACAAGAACACGACGCCGGAAGGAUUACCUUCUCAGAGAAUGAGAUUAAUGCUUGAAAAGCUGAAUCGUUUUCAACUGAAGGAUCGUUGCUUAGUUGGAUCUGGCGGAGGCUCAGUCGGGUAUUUAGCUCAUGGGACAGCAACUGAUUAUAUGUAUGAUAUUGCAAGAGUGUCGAUGUCUUUCACCUUCGAGAUAUAUGGUGAUAGCACAGCCUCAUCAAAGGACUGCUUUAAGAUGUUCAAUCCCAUCGACAUCACCAGCUUUAACAGAGUUCUCGACGAUUGGUCUGCAGCAUUCUUUACACUGUUCAGUUUGGGCGGAGUCCAGAUGAAGGAACUUCAUCCAAAUGCAUCCAGUUUUGAGAAGUGGGUCUCUAUUGACGAUUAUCUGAAUGGUUAUUUAAUGGAAAGGAAAAGUAGAUAUGGGAAGAAAAUGGAAGUGCUUGAGCUGGGAAUGCAGGAGAUUAGAACAUACUUUAGAUUGUUCUUAUUAUCAUCAGUUCUAUUGAUGUUUAUGUUUUGUUCUAGAAUCUCAAAGAGCGGUCGACAAAUUGUUUCUGCUAUGUCCUUGUGAAAGGUAUUCUUUGCUGCCCUUGAGAUUUAGCUAAACAGCUUUUUUGAGAGCUGUAAAAGGUGAAAAAGGGGUAUGCCAAAUUAUUCUUUAGCUGUGUAAUUUAUUCCCUGAUUUCUUUUCCUCUGCUUCUCUAUAGAAAUGGUAGAGCUCAGAAAAAAGGCUCUUAUUUCAGUUAGGAAUUGAAUUGUCCAUGUUGUUAACAUUGCUUGGGAGUGUGGAAAGAUAAAUUAGAUUUUUGCCAUGUCA